UUCCUUUUCUCCGACCGGUGAGCUCAGGCUAACCCAACAUAAAACAAAUAAAAUCCUACUUCCCCCGAAAAGUUGAAAACGGUCUCUUCCCCUCUGAAACAAUGGCGGGAAAACAAGUCGCCGGCGACGGCUUAUCGGCCAACUUUGCUGGAAUGUCUAAGCACCAGCUCUAUGAAAUCAUGUCUCAGAUGAAGACUCUGAUCGAACAGAACCAGCAACAGGCGAGGCAGAUCCUCAUCCAGAACCCGCUCCUAACCAAAGCCCUUUUUCAGGCACAAAUUAUGCUUGGAAUGGUCCAGCCCCCUCAAGCGAUUCCAAAUAUCCAGCCAACAGUGUCACAGCAUCCUCAACAAUCAGCACAGCCUAUUCUACCAUCAAAUAUUCAGUCUGCUAACUCAUCACCAGGUCAAGUGGGUCUGCAGGAGCAAACCGGUGCAUCUCAGAUCCCUCCUACAAUGAAACAACACCAAAAUCAAGCUGCGAUACCUGUCUCAUCUGCUGCUGUUCCUGCACUAAAUCUCCAGGCUCAGCCCAUGUCAUCACAUCCCCUGCAGAUGCCACAGCCACCAAAGGGACACAUUACUUCCCAAAUGCCCCCUAUGUCUCUUCCGCAAUCAUCACAACUUCCUAAUAUCCCUUCACUUCCUCUUUAUUCUUCUUCACAGCCACCUCCGCUUCAACAACCUCAAAUGCCAAAUACUACCAACCAGUUGCAACAGGCACUACAGACACCUGGAAUUUCUCAUCUGCCACUUCAACCACCAUUGCCAAUGCAACCUAGAUUACCUUCAGUUCCAGCUUACCAUCAUCAGUAUGCUCCCCAAAUGGGGCCUAAUGUGGGUUUCCAACAUCCUGGUGCUUCUCAGCAUCCGUCACAGCAGUUUUUUCAUCCUGGCGGCAAACCUCCUGCUAGCAUUGGGCUUUCAUUUCCACAGGGGCAGCCACCACUUCUAAAUCAGCCACUACCUCAAUCAUUGUAUCAGGGAGGAGGUCAACAUUUAGGGACAGAAUUCAGCAAUCAAGGUGGAAAUUCCAUGCAAGUGGAUAGAGGAUCUUCUUGGAUGUCUGGCCCGCCCGAGAAUUCUACAGUAACACAGCAUCCAGGUCUUCCAGGACCACCACCAGUAGUUCCUGCUCAGAUGGGUGUUGGCAAUCAGCCAGCGCGCAACCAAUCGUUGACACCGGAGAUGGAGAAGGCACUACUUCAACAAGUCAUGAGCCUCACUCCGGAACAGAUUAAUCUCCUGCCUCCGGAGCAAAGGAAUCAAGUGCUUCAACUGCAGCAAAUACUGCGCCAAUGAGGCUAUGGAAAUUGAUUUUAUUUAGAAGGGAAGGACGGCAUCGAACGUCCUUUUUAAGAUUUACUUUGGGAGAGAUGAAUGUCAUUAUUAUGUUUCUAGGUUAUGGAUUAGCUGUUGUGAAGAAUUAUAUAGAAGAUACAAAAUCCAUUCCAAAAACUAGGUUACGGCUUAUGAUCAUGAAAAAUGUUUGCUCGCUGCAUUUAAUGAGUUGUUGAAGUUCUUUAGUAUUUUGCAUUUCCAGAUUCUUCUGUCAUAUCCUGUUGUUUAUGCCUCGAAUAUUUAUGUCUAUCGUAUUUUGUAGUGGACCCCCCGGUGCAUAGAAAAUAUGUGAACAUGAUUCUUAU